UCUUCCUUCCGCUGUGCGCCCGCCUCUCCCAUGGGUCCGCCGUGCCUCGGGUACUACCGCACGACGGGCCGGAGCGUGCGCGUGCGGUCCGGCGCGUCCCUGAGCUCCGCGCCGCUCUGCGACAUCCCCGCCGGCGUCGUCGUGCGCGUCGACGCCAUCAAGCUCGACGGCGGCCGCGAGCGCGCGCGCGUCGCAGAGCCCGGCGCCUACGAGGGCUGGUGCAGCCUCAGCGAGCGGCUCCUCACCUUCGUCGGGUCGGCGCGGCCCGAGGGCAUGGCGCGGGGGAGCGGCGACCCGCGGCCGGACCCGUCGCCCUUCUACGAGAUCCGCGACUCGGGCAGCGGCGCCGUCGACGGCCGCUACGAGCGGCACCACCUGAGGGGCUACCGGGGCGCCGCGGCCUACAAGAAGGUCGGCUCGGCCAUGACGCUCUACCGCUGGCGCCAGAAGAUGUGGAUCCUCGCGGACCUGGGGCCCGGCCUCUCGAAAUUCGGCGAACCGCACGCGUGGUACACGGCGCCCUGCAGCUCGCAGGGCAGGAAAAGAGUGAUUCAAGUUCGCUUCAACGUGAGCGGCUCGCCGCCGGAGGCGACGCCCGUGACGUCGGCCAAGUGGGCCCGCGCCUGCGCCGACGGCGACCUGCCGCCCUUCGCGCCGCGGCCGCGGCCGCCGCCGCUGGCGGCGGCGCCGCCGCCGGCGCCCGGCGGCGCGGCGCCGCCGCCGGGCGCCGACGACCCGCGGCGCCGGGGGCCCGACGCGGCGGCCAUCUCGGCCGCGUUCGAGCGCGCGCAGGCGGCCGCCGCGGAGCCCGCGAGCCCGUCCUUCGUCAUGGUGUCGCCGCCGGCGUCGCCGUCGAGGACCGACUUCGAGGUCGUCGACAAGAGCAGCCUCGAGAGCGAGCCCUUCGGCGACCCCGGCGAGCCCGGCGGCGCCGGCGGCUCCCGGUGCCACGUGCAGUAGGGACCCUCCCCGCCCCCCCGCCCCGCCCCCCGAACCUGCGUGUGUACAAUA